GUAAACAGAAGCCUCUAAAAUUUUGCACACUUCUACACGAGCUCACACAGAAUGCCUGGAUCUGCUUCCACCAACGCGGACCCCUGCAAAAGGAAGUCAUCUCCAAUGCAGAAUGUUGUCGCGCAUGCAUGUGACAGCGUUUCCGAAAUAAUCACGAAAUAUCGACGUAAAAUAUGCUGUGAGGCACGCCAGGUGGUGAGGAACGCCAAGUGCCGGGAAUGCGGCUCUCUAGUUCGACGCAGCAAUUUCACUUAUGCGAUCCAGGGCAAACGCUUUUCUGUGAGGCUCGGCUCCGAAGAAAUGUACGUUGGCAUUUUGAUGGCUGUGAUAGGGCUUAUGCUGCUUACGAUGCUCUAUCUGGUGCGGCGCUAUAAUCACACGUUCGCAUACGGCACCGGUGGCUGUGUGUCUACGGUUCUCUGGACCUACGAUGAUUGCAAUAUUGUGACAUGAGCAGUACACAGUUUAAUGUUUUUUAUAGAAAUCUCUAAUUUGGUUUCUUCGCACUUCUUAUCCACCAGCUGAGAUAAAUAGUAUGAUGAAUUGUAGACAGAAUAUUAAGGACUCUUUAGUAGCUAGCUGGACUUCAAACAAAUUCAAAAUUACUUCCAAAAAUCAUAUAACAUACUCAGCUAGGCGUUCCAUUUUUUAAAAUAUUUUAAUCACGAAGUAGUGUUCACAACAAAUAUUGUUUUAAUAAUCGCAUUAUAAUAAAAUACAAGCUGCGAAACCAA